GAUUCUUCUCUCUCUCAAUUUUUUCCCUUUCCCUUUUGGGGUUUGUUUCGAACGAGCUUCAAUAUAUAUGUUUGUGUACAUGUAUAGUAUACAAGUAGAUCGAUUUCCUUCAUUCGAAUUUUCUUCUACCGGAGAAUUUUGAGUUUCUGGGCUUGAGAUUUGUCUGAGAAAUUCAAAACAGAGAUAUUUUGGUGUCAGGAAUUUUGUUUAUCCUGUUCAUCAAGCUAUAAGGACAGUUUGUUUGUUUUUUAUCCUCCUACAAUGGCGGCGGAACAACAAGACUCGCGGCUCUGUUUGCUAUCGGUUCUGGAGGAUUUUCUAAAACAGAGCAACAGUGUUCAACCCAGCAUUUGUGUUGAUUCGAGUUCCAGAAAAGUCGACGAAGCUUCCUUGCGAAGGUAUGAAGCAGCCGGGUGGUUAAGACGCACCAUUGGCAAAGACUUGAAUGCAGAGCCUUCAGAGGAAGAGUUCAAUAUUGUAUUAAAGAGUGGGAUCUUACUCUGCAAUGUCCUUAACAUAGUUCAACCCGGUGCUGUGCCAAAGGUUGUUGAAGCUCCAAAUGAUUCCCUCGUCAAUCAAGAUGGCGCAGCUCUAUCUGCAUUUCAGUACUUUGAGAAUCUACGGAACUUUCUUGUUGCUGUGGAGGAAAUGGGGCUUCCCACGUUUGAAGUCUCUGAUUUUGAGAAGGGAGGUAAAUCCACAAGAAUCGUGGAGUGUGUACUGGCUCUCAAGUCAUACAGUGAGUGGAAGCAAAGUGGUGGAAGCGGAUCAUGGAGAUAUGUAGUGAUCUCGAGACCAACCACAUUCGGCAUCGCGAGACAAUUUAAACGCAAAACCUUAGAAUCGGCCGUGAAUCCACCCACAACUAACCCUACUGAUACUCUAUCCAAUGAGCAGUCUGAGCACUGUCAAUCUGAUUGUGAUCCCAAACAUGGAGAAACCUCCCAAUCCAUAGAUGCGAUUGUCCGCAAGGUUUUGUCAGAUAAGAAGCAAGAAGAAAUCCCUCAUAUUGUACAAUCUAUGCUGAACAAAGUCAUGGUAGAGUUUGAAAGUAGGCUGGCUACACAAAGCGAAUCGCUUCAAAGGAGCACAGAGAACAAACUAACACUUGACUCUGGCGAUCUUGGGAGAACUCUUUCAGGCAAUGAAGAAUCGCUAUGUGUUGGCUUGGCUGCGGAAAAUGAUACGUCAAAUGCUGCAAACAACCCAGAAGUUUCACCAGAUAACAAUCUCCUAGAUUGUCAUUUCAACCGAAGUUCAAGAGCUCGUGCCGAGAAUCAACAGAUGAUAGUUGAGAAACAGCAGAUAUAUGUUGAAGAACUCAAACGUGCUUUACAGUCAACAAAAGCCGGUGUCGAAUUCUUGCAGAUGAAGUACCAGGAAGAGGUUAAAAACUUAGGCAAGCAUAUGCGUGGUCUAGCUUAUGCAGCUAAUGGAUACCAAAAAGUUCUCGAAGAAAACCGUAUACUAUACAAUCAAGUGCAAGAUCUUAAAGGAAACAUAAGGGUGUAUUGCCGUGUGAGACCAUUCUUGCCUGGGAAGACAAGUGUGUUGACUACGAUAGAUCGCAUAGAGGAUUCGACUAUUUCGAUUGCGAUCCCUUCGAAGCAUGGGAAAGAAGGACAAAAGUUGUUCUCAUUUAACAAAGUUUUCGGCCCUUUGGCAAGUCAAGAGGAGGUAUUUGCAGACACUCAACCUCUGAUCCGGUCCGUGCUUGAUGGUUAUAAUGUCUGCAUAUUUGCGUAUGGACAAACAGGAUCUGGAAAAACUUUCACCAUGACAGGACCUAAGGAGCUCACGGAGGAGAGCUUAGGUGUAAACUACAGAGCACUGUCUGACCUCUUUCAUCUGUCUAAUGAAAGAAAAGACACGUUUUCCUAUGAGAUUUCAGUUCAGAUGCUUGAAAUCUACAACGAGCAAGUCCGAGAUCUCCUGACCACAGAUGGUCAAAACAAGCGGUUAGAGAUCCGAAACAGUUCUCAAGAUGGAAUCAAUGUGCCAGACGCAACACUAGUGACAGUGUCUUCAACUUCUGAUGUCAUUUAUCUAAUGAAUCUCGGGCAAAAGAACCGUGCAGUGAGCUCCACAGCCAUAAACGACCGUAGUAGUCGAUCUCACUGCUGUCUAACAGUACACGUCCAAGGAAGAGAUCUCACAUCAGGAACAGUUCUCCGUGGUUCUAUGCAUUUGGUUGAUCUUGCAGGGAGCGAAAGGAUCGACAAGUCUGAAGUCACUGGCGAUAGGUUAAAAGAGGCACAACACAUCAACAAGUCUCUCUCUGCUCUUGGAGAUGUGAUAUCAUCGCUUGCUCAGAAGAACAGCCAUGUUCCUUAUCGGAAUAGCAAGCUCACACAACUACUGCAAGAUUCUCUGGGAGGACAAGCCAAGACACUCAUGUUUGUUCACAUCAGCCCUGAAAUUGAAGCUCUUGGAGAAACCAUUAGUACCCUCAAGUUUGCAGAGAGGGUCGCGACAGUUGAGCUUGGGGCUGCUCGAGUCAACAAAGACACUUCCGAGAUUAAAGAGCUCAAAGAACAGAUCGCAAAUCUAAAAGCUGCGCUAGCGAGAAAGGAAAGUGAGGCGGGACAUACACAGCUUCCUCGACCCAUUUCCACUGACAAACUCAUAAGAAGAAAGUCUUUUGGAUUUGUCUCUCCAUUACCAAAAUCUCCAACCAGUAGGGGGUUCUCAAGCAAACAUAAGGCUCAAAUCGAUGAUCUCAACACCUUCAAGGGUCAGAGUAACUCUACAUCUUCAAGAAGACACAGUCUUGACAUUCAACAACUAACGAGUUCACGAUCAUGGAAAAGGCCGUCGUUGGAUGGAAAAGAUGACAAUAGUGAAUCAAUAUCGGGUGACUGGAUCGACAAACAUGAAGACGGAAACUUCCUCAAAACAGAAAACACAAAGACGACUGACAAGCUGUUUUCGGGAUUUACCCGUGAGGGGCAAGGCACAGUUGGAAAUAAUAUCAAUGUGGGUAAGGAUGAUCAAGGAUUUGAGGUGAGGAAGAUUCAGUAUGAAGAUGCAGCAGCGACGGAUGAGUCGGAUGAAACAGCGACGAAUGAUUGCUCGGUUGCAAACUUGAUGUGGCAGUUGAACGUUCAAGUGAAUGUUCCAAGAGUCUCCAACGGUCCUACUAAUGCUUCUCAGAAACACAAGAAGACCCAAACAAGGAUGGGUAGAGAAGCCGAGACUCCGAGCAUGAUACCUUCUCUAAUUCCUACCCCUACAAGGAGACUUUCUCUCGGGGCCAUGAAUUCACCCGCACAGACACAAACAUUAUCAAGACAAGAGACAUUUUCAAAGAAGAGACAAGGACAUCAUCAUCUCAAGUGAGAACACACCAACAGAUAUCAAAUUUUGAGUAUAUGAUGAAACUAUAAAUCUUUUUUUUUUUGUCUUUCGUUUUCAUGGUUGCAUGUAUAAGUCACACAAGGAAAGGGAACUCGUCUUGGUUGGUCUAAAUAUAGAUACAACCAUGGGUUAAAUAAACAUUAUGCCCAUCAUUUGGCCUGGAAAUGUAAUUCUAUUACAUGGUAUAUGAACAUAUAUAUUCCAUGUCAUAAACUAUGAGAUCAAGGUUAAUAAUUAGGACAUAGUCCCAA